GUUCACCGCGGCCGCCCGGUUCAUGCCCGGCGUUUGCGCCGUGUUGGUGUCGAGGUUGUCGCCUGGAAUGACCCGGACGCCGCUUUCGCGCCAGGAGUCGGGCGGUUGGUCUUGCGAUGAGCGGGCUUGGAAGAGGUGUGCUGGGACAGGGGGUGUAUGGCUGUGGUCAUGGUCAUGGUCAUGGUCAUGGUCGUGGUCGUGGUCGUGGUCGUGGUCGUGGUCGCGGGAGUCGGACAUCUUGAUAGUGGCUCGGUUGGUGCAGUGGGUUGUGUCCUUGUGCUGUUUCUUGUUGCGCGCGUUCCCGACGAGCAAGGGCGUGUAUGCUAGCCUCUCGUAAUUCCCAGAGAUGAGGUCUUUACUAGACGGAAGCCAAGAACGUGAAGAGGGGCUCGAGACGACCAGAUGAAGAAGUACAGUAUUCUGCCGAAAGCCGAAGUCGUUUCUCCCGGAAUUGGAGAAAGAAAUGCUACUCGUGGAUCAAGGUAUGGAUCUAUGUUGAUGGCGCCAUCAAGCACGACAUCACUCACCUACUAGUAGUAGAGUUCAGCAUGGCUUCCGGUGUCCUCCUCCCAACCCUCACAGCCCUCAUCGGGCUCGGUGGCUUCAUCGUCGGGAUACACAGCUUCGUGGCGCCAGCCUCGGCAGCACAAAUAUACGGCGUUGACGUAGUACGUAUCCACUCUACCGCUGCUUCCAAGGAGAAAACGGACGACGACGACAAGUCAGUAUUGCAAGAUGAUGGCCGGCGUCAUCUAGCGUACAUUCACUCUCUCGGUAUCCGCAAUCUUGUCAUCGGCAUCACCAUCCUAAUUCUCACGUGGGAGUGGCAAUUUGGUCAGUCGACCCUUGCAGAACAAGCUGCGGUGCAGAAGUGUCUGGGCAUUGUGAUCGAUGUUGGUGCAUUGACUCCCAUCGUAGAUGCGGUCGUUGCAUGGCGGGCAGGGCGAGGGCGGGAGGAAAGAUGGGACGGUGUAGGUACGAAGGCGGCUCUGCUGCAUGCGACACGGUCACUAUUUUGGCUGACCGGAGGGCUGUGGUGUUUAUCUGGGAAUGCAGGGUUGCAUUGAGCGUAUUCCCGAAUGCAAAAUGUUUGUUGUAAGCCCUUUCCUUUCUCCUUUCAGCUUCACUUUCGAAUGAUC